UCCGCGACUCCUAACUACUAGCUACACAUACUUGGCCUUGAAAACACUCGUUUUGUACGAUUACCUACGGAUCGCAGUAACCUGAAGCAAUUGAAUAUUUUCAUUAUGUAGGUACCUGCCCUGAGUGGGUGAUCUAUUGUGUUUGGUGGCAGCCCAUUGAUAUUUGAGCCCCUGAACAGAUUAGCUGCUCAUGUUCUUGACCUCUGACUCUGAAGGUUGCUGCUUGUACACAGCCACAAACUAGAGCUGUGGCUCAUAUUAUCUUUUCAAGAUAGGGAUUAACUCUGUAAAUAUUGAUAUAGAUUAUAUAUAGUUUAUUAUGGAAAAUUGUUAUCACAAGGAAAGUUAUAAAAUUACAAAAUAAUGGCUAUUGUAUUGUGUGUAGGUGGCAAUCAGUAAGAGGUAUGUAAUGUUGUGAAUGUUUAUUAGCUUUGCCUCAGUGUGUGUGUCCUGACUGGUUCGGUCCACUGCUGUUCCCGUGAGUCCCGAAUGCGGAACCAAUUGAAUCAAUUGACUGACACAUUACUCUAUUCAAAGUAGUUGCUACUUAUUAGUGUGUGUGUCUGGGCCGAGCUACUACAAUAUCAUUGAUGUAGUUAAUUUAAUAUACCUCUAGCAUGUCACUAGUGGUUUUCCUUGUCAAUCUGUAUUUACCAAUUUCAAAGUGUUUACACCAGUAAGCGGUGUGUUACACCAGUCUUAUCACUUUUUUAUUAGUAUGACUUAGCUUGACAACCUACCCACUACGAUGAUAUAAGUAGAUAUGGCAUUAUACAGACUGAUACCAAGAGAUCGGGCAAAUGAUAUGAUUUUAAAUUAAAAUCUGCCUACUAGUCUUUAAUAUGUAUAAAUGGUUCUAGAAAUGGAGAUGAUUUUGUUUCUGUCUUAAUGCAUUCAAUGUAAACGGAAUUGAGCAUGUUUAACUUGCGAACAAUGUCUGAGCUGUUGUGUGUGCACGGCACAGUGGGCGAGGACAGCGAAGAUGAGGAGACAUCUGCAUUGGAGGAGGAGCUGUCGCUGUGCGACCCGCAGGCGCCCGGGCGCGCGCUGGCGGCGCUGGACGCGCUGCGCAAGUCGCGGCAGCACUACGACACGGUGCUGGUGGCGGGCGGCGCCGAGCUGCCCGCGCACCGCGCCGUGCUGGCGGCCGCCUCGCCCUACCUGCUGCAGGCGCUGGCGCCGCCCGCCGCGCCGCCCGCCUACCGCGUGGAUGACGUGGACGCGGACGCGCUGCGCGAGCUGCUGCAGUACGCCUACUCGGGCCGCCUGCGCGCGCGGGACGCGGCCGCCGCGCGCCGCCUGUACCGCGCCGCCUGGCGCCUGCGCGUCGAGCCCGUGCGCGCGCACCUGGCCGAGCGCCUGCUGCGCCGCCCCACGCCCGCCGACUGCCUCGAGCUGCGCGCGCUGCCCGACCUCGCGCCCGACCAGCUCGCCGCGCUCGACGCCUACAUUGCGCAGAACUUUGACGAGGUGUGUAAAAGCGGAGCCUUGGCUAAUCUGCCAUUGAUUCGCAUCGAGAUGUUGCGUGAGACGAGCGCCGAAGGCGGUGAGGAAACUGCAUUCGCGGUGGCCGAGGCUGCGUUAAUAUGGCUGAGAGAUCAACAAGCCAUCGAUGCAGACCUCGACGACUUGUGUUCGCGCACGCACUUGCUGUACGUAGACGGGCGCGGCGCGCUGCGGGACUGCGGGGAGCUGCCGGCGGCGCGGGGCGACGCGCCCGAGCUGCAGGAGUACCGGCGCGAGGCGGCCGAGCGGGGGCGCGCCAGCCGCCGCGCCGCGCCCCCGACUGACGCCGCGCCCCCCGCCCUGCCUGCGCUACCCGCCCUGCAGCUGGGCGCGCGCACGCCGCGCGGCUCUUGCGCCGUGCUGGCGGCCACGCGCGUGGCGGGGGCGCGCACCACGCGCGCGCUGCUGGCCCUGCGCGGGCGACUGGCGGCGGCGCGCGUGGCGUGGCGCGACGUGGGCGGCGCCAGCGGCGCGGGCGUGGCUCAGGGCGGCGUGCUGGGCGGCGCGCGCGAGCCGGACGGCGACGAGCGGCGGGCGCGGCUCGUGCACGGGCGGGCGGCUCACGGCACGGCGGUACUGGGCGGGAGGCUGCUAGUCUGCGGGGGCUACGACCGUGCGCGCGUACUUCGCGCCGCGGAGGCCUACGAUCCGAUUGCCAACGAGUGGACGGCGCUGCCCGACAUGCCGUGCGGGCGAGCGCGCUUCCCGGCCGCCGUGCUGGGCGAGGCGCUGUACGUGCUGGGCGGCUCGGACGGCCACGCCGAGCUGGAGACCGUGGCCGCGCUGGAAGGAGGCAAGUGGCGAGCCCGGGCGCGCCUGCCGCUGGCCAUGUCGCAUGCCGCCGCCGCUGCCGUGGAGGAGCGCGGCGAACUCUAUCUGAUCGGCGGCUGGGCGGGUGGCGUUAACUUGAAGCGCGUGCUACGGUACUCGCCUGCAGCGGACGAGUGGACCGAGGCGCCGCCACUGAACACCGGGCGGUCGCAGUGCGGUGGCGUCUACUGGGAGGGAGCGCUGUGGGCGCUGGGCGGCUGCGACGCGUGGCACUGCGUGGCCAGCACGGAGGCGCUGCAGCUGGGCGGGGGCGCGGAGGGCGCGGGCUGGCGCGCGGGUCCCGCCCUGCCCACUGCGCGGCGCUCGGUGGGCGCGGCGGCGUGGCGCGGCCGGCUGGUGGCGGCGGGCGGCAGUGACGGCGCGGCCUCGCUGCGGCGCACGGAGUGGCUGCAGGGGCGCGGGGGCGCGGGGGGCGCGGAGGGCGCGGCGUGGCGGCCGGGGCCCGAGCUGCGCCGGCCGCGCGCCGCGCUGGGGCUGGCCGUGCUGGGCGACGUGUUGUACGCGGCGGGCGGCUUCGACGGCAAGGAGUUCCUGUCGUGCGUGGAGUGCCUGUACGAGCCGGACGGGGAGUGGACGACGCUGCGCGCGCCGCCCGCGCCCGCCGCGCCGCUGUCCACGCCCGCCACGCCCGAGGCGGGCCCGGCCCCGGCUGCGCAGUAACCUAGUGUGUACAUACAUACACUGUGCCGCUGCAAGUGAUCGAUUCGCUACCUCAAAAUUCUGCGCGAGCGCGUGUCGCGGCGCCUUCGGGGCGCGGCGACGCUGCUCGUGUGUCGAUGCCUUUACUUCGCAUUUUACUAUGUUAAUGUUAACGUUAGCAGGCGCGGCCUGUGAUAUAUCGGCCCUCACAAAUCUGUAGUCUAAAUUAUUUUAUCACUGAGCGUUAUUUGACGGGAUCUUGGUUUACUUGUUGGCAUGCUUCCCGUCGUCGUAUUAUUGUUACAUUCCUAUUUGAUAAGAUAUUUCUAUGAUGCGUAGAAAGUGGUUUGUGUAAUGUCUUAUAGAUGUUAGUUUUUCAUUGUAAUAUAACAAUUACAUAGAAAUAUGAAUGUUAAGUUGACUAGCGAGCUUCACAAGCGCUUAUAGUUACGUAAAUCGUAUAACGAGCUCUAUUAGUUAGUAAAACCGGCAAUGCUUGUGGGCCGCUAGUCGUGUCGCGUGGCCCAGCGCCCGCGGUCUCUAGUAUUGUGAUAGCAGUUAAGCGUGUGGUGGUGGCGCGCGGGACUACUCUUUAUAUGUUAAUAAAUCGUAUUCCCAAAU